CAUUCCGGUUUAACCAGCUUACUCGGUCUGGUUCAAAUUAAAUUUACUUAAUUGGAACCGACUUUUUAGGUUUCAUUGAGAUUCACCCCUCUCUUCCUUCCUUCUCUGAGUGUCUCCUCUGCGAAAUCAAACCGUCGUGCCCUCGCCAUCGAACUUCAGGUCGCCGGUUACUUCCCGAUUCGCGACUUCUUUUCUACCAUUUCAGAUACUACUAUAGUCAUGUUCGUUUGGUUGCCGCGAAAAAGCGUCGGCCGGCGUCGGCGUCGGCGUGAGCUUCAAUGAAAAUAGUUGUUGUUCGUUUCGUAGACGCCUACGCCGACGCAGCUUUAAUCGCAGACGCAGAUUUUUUCGGCGAUCGACGCGAGACGCAGCGUUUAGACGCAGACGCAAACAUAGUACCGGCGUCAAUGAAACGAACAAGAGUUUAUUAAAAAAAUUGACGCCGAAGCAACCGCAGGUAUAAUGUUGAAGCAAGUGGUUGGCAAGUACUCGAUAGGUAAAGCAAUUUAUGGAAGUAACAGAGCAUAUCUUAGACCUUUCUUGUUCCAAACCAAUUGUGGAUUUCACAAUGGGCAGACUGUUCUUGCUCCGAGAAGCUUCUUCGGCGUAGAAGACUACGUGGACGAUGACACAAGCCGACCAUACACAUACCAAAAGGAGAAAAAAUCGAAGAAUCCAGACAAACACGUCUCCUUCAAGCAACGGACAGUGGCGUACAUGGAGCCAUUCACACUCGACGUCUUCAUCUCAAAACGUUUUGUAUCCGCAUCUAUCACGCACCGUGUCACGUGCAAGCAAGUCGCGGUUGCGGGGACAAACUCAAAAGACGUAAAAGCGGUGUUGAGGUCAAGAUGCGAUAUCCCAGCGUGUAUGUCCAUAGGGAGGAUCUUGUCCGAACGAGCGAAAGAGGCUGAUGUGUACACGGCUUCUUAUACGCCUCGAGACCAAGACAAGUUUGAAGGGAAGAUCAGAGCUGUUGUUCAGUCCCUUAUUGACAAUGGAAUCGAUGUCAAAAUUUACCUGGAUUAGAUACGCAAAGGUUUGGUUCUGUGUUUAAAAAUUUAAGGUUUGACUUCGAAGUGUACUUGCUAUUAAAUCUGUUUCGUGAAUUCAACAAGAUAUAUGAGAAGAAAUGCUUAAUCACUU